CCCAGCAUCGUUAACACAAAACAAAGAAACAAUAAUAUGACAACGCCCUCUUUAAAAUUCCGGUGACCCAGUUUGGCCUUUUCAGCUCCAAUAUUGUUCCCAGAAGAACUCAGGCCACCAAAACCACUAUUUUGGAAGAAUUUUGUAUUAGCCAAGUGACGAUCCUUCCUAAGAAAAGCCAUGGAAUACUAGUGAACAGAGGUUGGGCUGGCAUUAUCUCGCUGUUGCUUACAACCAUUAUAUCUCUCACCUUGUUAUGAUAUAAGGGGCAAAAUAUAAAACUAGGUACAAAUGGCUCAAGAUACUUAUGGUGCUGAUUCACCUCGGCGACGAUCUGGUCUCCUGCGAGAUCAGGUCCAGCUUGUAAAAAAGGACACUGAUCGUUAUGAGAUUGUGCCAAUCCAAGAUACACUAUCCUUUGAGAAAGGUUUCUUUAUAGUGAUUCGUGCUUGUCAGUUGUUGGCUCAAAAGAAUGACGGGAUAACAUUAGUUGGAGUAGCAGGCCCCUCUGGAGCUGGGAAGACUGUUUUUACUGAGAAGGUUCUGCACUUUAUGCCCAGCAUUGCUGUCAUUACAAUGGACAACUACAAUGAUGCUAGUCGUAUAAUUGAUGGCAACUUUGAUGAUCCACGCCUUACCGAUUAUGACACGUUGCUUGAAAAUAUACAUGGUUUACGAGCAGGGAAUCCUGUGCAGGUUCCAAUAUAUGAUUUCAAGACUAGCUCUCGCACAGGUUACAGGACAGUUGAAGUCCCUAGCUCACGUAUUGUGAUAAUAGAGGGCAUAUAUGCCUUAAGUGAAAAAUUGCGCCAAUUCCUAGAUCUUCGUGUAUCUGUCACUGGUGGAGUUCACUUUGAUCUUGUGAAACGGGUUUUACGAGACAUUCAACGUGCAGGCCAAGAGCCUGAAGAAAUUAUCCAUCAAAUCUCUGAAACGGUUUAUCCUAUGUACAAGGCAUUUAUUGAGCCAGAUCUGCAAACAGCACAUAUAAAGAUCAUCAACAAAUUUAAUCCCUUCACUGGUUUUCAGAAUCCCACUUAUAUUUUAAAGUCAACUAAGGUUGUAACUAUUGAUGAAAUCAAGGCUGUUAUUUCUGUGGAUCACAAGGAAACUACAGAGGAAACUUAUGACAUUUUUCUUCUUCCUCCUGGUGAAGAUCCUGAAGCAUGUCAGUCUUAUCUGAGGAUGAGGAACAGAGAUGGAAAAUACAAUCUCAUGUUUGAGGAAUGGGUUACAGAUAGUCCAUUCAUAAUUUCUCCUCGAAUAACUUUUGAAGUUAGUGUGCGCCUUCUCGGAGGACUGAUGGCAUUGGGAUAUACAAUUGCUAGCAUCCUGAAAAGAAGCAGCCAUAUCUUCUGUGACGAUAGAGUUUGUGUUAAAACUGAUUGGUUGGAGCAACUUAAUCGUCAAUAUGUUCAGGUGCAAGGGAAAGAUCGGCUAUACGUUAAAUUUGUUGCAGAGCAGCUGGGCUUGGAUGGUUCAUAUGUUCCUCGUACUUAUAUUGAACAGAUUCAGCUGGAGAAACUUGUAAAUGAUGUUAUGGCACUGCCAGAUGAUUUAAAGACAAAACUCAGCAUAGAUGAUGAUUUUGCUGCAAGCCCUAAAGAAGCUCUUUCCCGAGCAUCAGCAGAUAGAAGAAUGAAGCAUCUCGGCCGAGGUGUGUCACAAUCAUAUUCAAAUCAGAGAGACAAGACUAUGGCCAAGCUAACUAAACUGGCUGUUAACCACAGAAGGUUUGAUGGAAGGGCCCCAGAUUCACCUGCACCACUUUCAAACCAGGGAAUUAUAACUCAACUUUCUGAACAAAUUUCUACUCUAAACGAAAGGAUGGAUGAAUUUACAUCUCGCAUUGAAGAAUUGAACUCCAAAUUCUCUGUCCGGAAAGUCUCAGCCAGCCAACAAAACUUGGCUAUGCAGGCUGAAACCUGCAAUGGUUCGGGACCCACUUCUCUUUUUGUCACCGGAUUAAGUAAUGGUUCUUUGACUGGUUCGCUCCUGCCCAAUUCUUCAUCUUCUUCUCAAUUGGCUAAGGAGUCCCCACUGAUGGAAGAGAUACUAGCCAUUUCCCGCUCACAACGUCAGAUCAUGCACCAAAUAGAUAAUCUGAGCAACAUUUUGCGUGAAUAUCCAGGAGAUAGAUUUCGCCAUGGAAGAACAGAGGGGACAAGCAGCAGAACCAUUGAUGCUAAUUCAUUAAGCAUUCCUCUUUUACUAACCAUAGCACUAGGCGGUCUAGGUGUCUUCUUGUUUAAAAGUCUAAAUUGGCAGAAAUAACUUUUAAGAUUAGAAUACACUUCCAGGUUACUGUGAAUAUCAACAAUACCAACAAUAAUCUUUGUCUGCAAGUUCCAAAUCUACAAUGUGGUACUUGAGCUAGUUGGUUGGGUGAGUUGCGCAGGAUUUAAAUUCUUAUGUCUCUUAUCAAUAAUAGUAAUAAUAAUAAGAGUGAUAUGUGGUCCUUA